GCUUUGCAACCGCGGUUGGAGGAGUGGACUCGGUGCUUGGCUCUCUAGGCGUCCCGGCUCUGGCAGCGCUGAGGGGCGCUCCUGGUGCACCCCUCCCAGCUUGGGGCUUCCCUGCCGAGGUGCCCGCGCCCCCGGGCUCCCCACCUCGGACCCCCGCGGCCCCGAUGCCGAGGCAUGGAUAGAGUGGCGCUGCGCGCAGCGGCGAUGGGGGAGAAGAAGGAGGGCGGCGGCGGGGGGGCCGCGGCGGCCGGGGACGGGGACGCCGGGGCCGCGGCCAGCAGGGCGCUGCAGCAGUGCGGGCAACUCCAGAAGCUCAUCGACAUCUCCAUCGGCAGCCUGCGCGGGCUGCGCACCAAGUGCGCGGUGUCCAACGACCUCACCCAGCAGGAGAUCCGGACCCUGGAGGCAAAGCUGGUGCGGUACAUCUGUAAGCAGAGGCAGUGCAAGCUGAGCGUGGCUCCCAGCGACAGGACGGCCGAGCUCAACAGCUACCCGCGCUUCAGUGACUGGCUAUACACCUUCAACGUGAGGCCCGAGGUGGUGCAGGAGAUCCCUCGAGAGCUCACGCUGGAUGCCCUGCUGGAGAUGGAUGAGGCCAAGGCCAAGGAGACGCUUCGGCGCUGGGGGGCCAGUACCGAGGAGUGUGGCCGUCUGCAGCAAGCCCUCACCUGCCUGCGGAAGGUGACAGGCCUGGGAGGGGAGCACAAAGAGGACUCGGGCUGGAGUUCAUUGGACGCUCGGCGGGAAAGUAGCUCGGGGCCUUCUGUGGACACUCUGUCCCCAGCCAGCCUGCCCUGGCUCCCAGGGAGCUCCCAGCUGGGCAGACUGGGCAGCAGCGCCCAGGGGCCCCGCUCCGUCUCUGUGUCAGCUCUGCCCGCCUCGGACUCCCUGGUCCCCGGCCUGAGCGAGGGCUUCUCGGACACCUGUAUCCCCCUGCAUGCUAGUGGCCGACUGACCCCCCGAGCCCUGCACAGCUUCAUCACGCCCCCCACCACGCCCCAGCUGCGACGGCAUGCCAAGUUGAAGCCACCACGGACACCCCCGCCACCCAGCCGCAAGGUCUUCCAGCUGCUGCCCAGCUUCCCCACGCUCACCCGGAGCAAGUCCCACGAGUCCCAGCUGGGGAACCGCAUCGAUGAGGUCUCCCCAAUGAGGUUUGAUCUCCCACACGGAUCCCCGCAGAUGGUACGAAGGGAUAUUGGGCUCUCGGUGACACACAGGUUCUCCACCAAGUCCUGGCUGUCACAGGUCUGCCACGUGUGCCAGAAGAGCAUGAUGUUUGGAGUGAAGUGCAAGCACUGCAGGUUGAAGUGUCACAACAAGUGUACAAAAGAAGCCCCCGCCUGUAGAAUAUCCUUCCUUCCACUAACAAGGCUUCGGAGGACAGAAUCUGUCCCCUCAGACAUCAACAACCCGGUGGACAGAGCAGCUGAACCCCAUUUUGGAACCCUCCCCAAGGCACUGACAAAGAAGGAGCACCCUCCAGCCAUCAACCACCUGGACUCUAGCAGCAACCCGUCCUCCACCACGUCCUCUACACCCUCUUCGCCAGCGCCCUUCCUGACCUCAUCCAACCCGUCCAGUGCCACCACACCCCCCAACCCCUCACCUGGCCAGCGGGACAGCAGAUUCAACUUCCCAGCUGCCUACUUCAUUCAUCAUAGACAGCAGUUUAUAUUUCCAGACAUCUCGGCCUUUCCACAGACAACCCCGCUCCCCAGUACAGCUGACAAUACCCGGCUUGAUGACCAGCCCAAAGCAGAUGUGUUGGAGGGUCAUGAAGUGGAGGCUGAGGGGCCAGAAGCUGGCAAGUCAGAGGCAGAAGAUGACGAGGAUGAGGUGGAUGACCUGCCCAGCUCCCGCAGGCCCUGGCGGGGCCCCGUCUCUCGCAAGGCCAGUCAGACCAGUGUGUACCUGCAGGAGUGGGAUAUUCCCUUCGAGCAGGUGGAGCUGGGUGAGCCCAUUGGGCAGGGCCGCUGGGGCCGAGUGCACCGUGGCCGCUGGCAUGGUGAGGUGGCCAUUCGCCUACUGGAGAUGGACGGCCACAACCAGGACCACCUGAAGUUGUUCAAGAAGGAGGUGAUGAAUUACCGGCAGACGCGGCACGAGAAUGUGGUGCUCUUCAUGGGGGCCUGCAUGAACCCGCCUCACCUGGCUAUCAUCACCAGCUUCUGCAAGGGGCGGACGUUGCACUCGUUUGUAAGGGACCCUAAGACAUCUCUGGACAUUAACAAGACAAGACAGAUCGCUCAGGAGAUCAUCAAGGGCAUGGGGUAUCUUCACGCCAAGGGCAUUGUGCACAAAGAUCUCAAGUCCAAGAAUGUCUUCUAUGACAAUGGAAAAGUGGUCAUCACAGACUUUGGGCUGUUCGGGAUCUCGGGUGUGGUUCGAGAGGAGCGGCGUGAGAACCAGUUGAAGCUGUCCCAUGACUGGCUAUGCUACUUGGCCCCUGAGAUCGUUCGAGAGAUGACCCCUGGGAAGGACGAGGACCAGCUGCCCUUCUCCAAAGCUGCUGACGUCUAUGCAUUUGGGACGGUUUGGUACGAGCUCCAAGCGCGGGACUGGCCCUUUAAACACCAGCCAGCCGAGGCCUUGAUCUGGCAGAUCGGGAGUGGAGAGGGAGUGAGGCGCAUCCUGGCCUCCGUCAGCCUGGGGAAGGAAGUCAGUGAGAUCCUGUCUGCCUGCUGGGCUUUUGAUCUACAGGAGAGACCCAGCUUCAGCCUACUGAUGGACAUGCUGGAGAAACUGCCCAAGCUGAACCGGCGACUCUCCCACCCUGGGCACUUCUGGAAGUCCGCUGACCGCUGGCGCAGCCGCUACUACGGGAAAGGACAUUACGGUCACCCUGACUUUAAGAAUUCCUGUCCAGUUCUGGAGGAAUUUAUUAACAGCAGCAAAGUCGUUCCCCGUUUUGAAAGGUUCGGCCUGGGUGCCCUGGAGUCCAGUAAUCCAAAGAUGUAGCCAGCUGUGCAGUUUCAUGCUGCCAUUUUUUCAAAUGUGUUCCUAAAACACACAAACAACCACCAUGACAAAAGACAAAAAAAACCACUCCACCUGCCGAGCACUGCAAACCAGGAGCACGAGCCCUCCAUUCAGAGUGUUCAUCACCACGAUACGUGGGGCCCAGAGGCAGAGCCAUCCCUGCGCUUUCAGAUGACACCAACCCACCAGACCUGUCCCAACUGACAGCAAAAGUUGACACGUACAUUUCUGGCAAGCGAACUUGAUGUUUUCACAAUAGGUGAUAAUAAACAGUUCAUGCGUAAGGGCACAUUGACACCUCGGAAUGGCAGAGGACCAGGUAGCAGUGAGGAGCCCAAAGCUGGACCAGAAGGAAGAAAAGCAUCAGGAUUGUGACUGUUCUCGGGGUGGGACAGGGAGGGGCACGAGGUUUGACCUGGCCUCUGCUUUGACCUUAAUCACCAUGGGUGGGUGUUCUCCCCUUGUCCUAUCAGAGGGACGCUGUUCCCACCUCAUCGUGCAGAGGAGAGCCUGGCUAGGAGCCGAGCUGGAUUACGGGGGUCAGGAGUUCCUGGAGAGCUUCCCACCCCUCUAAUGCAGGCUGCUCUUGCUGGAAAAGUAGAGACAGAAUCCAAAUAAUAUCUGGAUGGGCCUCAUGGUUCCUAGCCAGGGUUUCUGCUGCAAGGUGGGACUCUGUUUCUCUCAUGAAGCAUUUAAGCAGGUAUCAAGGCCAUGGGCUCAGGACCGCUGUCUUUAAAGGCACCCCAGUGCCUGACCCUGGGGUGUAACACCUGACCCUAGAGCUGAGGCCUAGCCCCACAGCUGCACAGACCAUGAGGGCCUGCUAAGAACAGAGAAGAUGGUACAGAGGCAGAAGUAGCUGCCUGGCAGAACCAGCAGGUAUCCAAGCCCAUUUCUGGCCCACUAGGUGACCCUGGCACUUUAAAACCCAUUGUCAGUCUUGCUAGAAGGUUCCAGCAUCUUCUCUGUCCACCUCUUCUACUUCACCAGCCAUAUUGAAACCCCUUAGCCCAUUCUGACUCUGUCCAAGCUCCAGGCUCAGAUGGGGGCAUGAGACUGUCCAACCCUCUUAGCCAGACUCACCUAGCAAGCCACCUGUCUACAUGGCUCUCCCUCGCAGCCUCAGGCCUCUUCUUGUGUCCAUGCAGACACAAGCAUGGAUGCAAGAGGAACUGGAUUCUGGAAAGUCAGAUGUUCAGACUGUGUGCCUCUGUGGCUGUCACAUUGCUGCACCUUCCCCAAGGUUGCAGUGCAUGUGUCUCCAGCUUUUCUUCUUUCUGUUGUGACAUUGGCCUGAGAGCUGGAUGGCACUGAGCAAGUUGGGCUCAACUUUCCCUGCUCCCAGAUCACAGUGACCAUUAAAUAUGACUCACAGGAGGUGGGUCUGGGUGAGUGUCACAGAUCAGGAAGCUCUUGCUGAGCCGCUGCAGUGUACAUGGUCUUGUGCACGAGCUGGGGAUCCAGAGAAGGGGGCAGUCAGGGUCCCUGCUUAAGGAGCUGAUGAUCUGCUAAGAGUCUGAUACCUGCCAGGAACCCAGGGGUCACUUGGCCAGAGGUUGAGCUGAGGUUCUGGGGGCCCCUCCCCUUUCCUCUCCAAGGCCUGGGUAGCCUGUGCUCUCAGCUCUCUGCCAACCACCUCUGCACUGCCCUAGCAUUUGAGAAAGUCCCCCACAAUGGUCCCUUCCCCCCUUUUAUUUAAGUGACUGUGAAUUGAAGUUAGGAAGACGUGCUUGCCCUUCCGUGUGCUCUCCCCGUCUGUCCAGGAAACACAUGAAGGAUGACAGAUACUGUGAAUUCAGCGCUCAUGGCCAACUGUGAAGGGACAGAGAAGGCUGGGGCUUUCAGGGGGCUAUAGAAGGCCUCUUUGGGGUCUGAGAAUGGAGUCCAAGCUCUGACCCUUCCAGGCACCCCCAGUUCCCAGCAUCACCUCUUAGGCCUUUUACCACCUGAGCUGCAGCCCACCCCUUGUUCCUAUCUGACUCAAAGCUUAGAAUCCUGGCAAGCUGGGUUUGUUGUGAGCAGUGUGUAGCAAAGAUGACUUCCCGGUUUUUCCCAAUCAAAACACCCCCUGCUGACUCAUGGUGUUUCUUCUAGUAGUCCCUGCAGGGAAUGACAAACUCUGAAAGCUGGUGUUGCUCUGAAGAGACUGGGGUGGGGGGACAGGAAUGUCAAGCUGUGGGGAACCCUUGUGCUGCAGCAUUGGCCAGGAUGUCAUCCGUGUGCCCACUUCACAUCUUCUGUGACCAUGAGGCACACGUUUGCUUUUUGAAUGUGAUGUAAAAUUUGUACAGUAAAAGUUUUUAUAUUUUCUAUCAAUUGCGUUUGUCUUCCAGAAAUGCUUUAAUUUAAAUUAAAAAGGUUAGUAUUAACAAACUUGCUGUAUUGGUUUUUUUUGUUGUUGUUGUUGUUUCUGUUUUUGUUCUGCCACUGCUAAGAAUAUACCCUCUGUGCUAAGGGUCUGGAGUUUGUGAAUAAAGUUUUACCAAGGUGUCUGGGGUUUGUGUUUGUUUUGGUCCAUUCAGAUGAGUGUUGGGGACCACUUAGAUGGAUGGCACAGAUAGACAGGAAUGGAGGGCCAGGAGUGUUUGAACCCUCUCCAAGAGUUAUGGUGCUUCUUCCAAAGGAAGAGAGGUUAUGCUUGGACUCGAGGGCAUGGAAAGAUGGAGAAGGACAGGCAAGGCCCAUGAUGACCAGAGGAAGACCACCCAGCCCCCAGCAGUAACAAACCCAGGAACAGAUGCAGACCCCAGGCUGAGGUGCCUUUUGCCUUAUAGUAGCUUUGGAUGGGGUAGCAGUGACCAUUCAUCUCAGUCUAAUUGCUGGAAACCUCUCAUUUACAGUUAUAUGUGCAGAGGGGUGCUUUCAUGGUUAGGAGAAGUAGGACAGGUGGAGGAGAAGAGGAACUAACCUUUGUGGGGCUCUCCUCUGAUCCAUCACCUCAUCUUUGUCUAAUCCUCACGCAAGGCCAUGAGAUGGAAAAGAGGUAAAGAAUUCACCCAAGAUCACACAGCUAUGGGCAGCCAGUCCAUGUUUCAGCCGUGACUUUGACCUCCCUCUCAUCAAAAACUGGGGAACUUACUGGCCAGAAAUUUAUUGCAUUCCUGCUGUGUUCAAAAGAAUGUACUGAGGCAGGUGUGGUGGCACAUACCUGUAAUCCCAGUACUCAGGAGAUAGAGGCAGGAGAAUCAGGAGUUUAAGGCCAACCUGGGCUACACAGUGAGAGCUUGUCUCAAAAAAAAAAAAAAAUUCUAGGUCAUGGAACAUUUUCCAGAAUAGAUCAUAUGGUAGAUGAAUUUGUCUCAAAAUUUAAAAGAUAACAUGCAAAAUAUUUUAUCUGACUCCAGUGGAAUGAAGUUAGAAGUCAAUAAAUCAAUAGUAGACUAGAAAAUAAUACACAUGUGGAAAUUAAACAACAACACAUUCUUAAGCGAAGGAUUA